GCGGAGUGGUUUUCGAGUUUUGGAGUUUUCGUUUGGUUCGAUUGUGUGAUUAAAAAGUCCGCGUGGAAAUUGCCGAUUCUGUAUUUAUUUAUUUAUUUUAAUACAUAAAGGUGUUCAAUCGUAACAAUGGAAUUCCUCGAAUAUAAUGAUGUUACGGCUGAAAUCAAAGGAACAAUGGUUCCAGGCAGAUUGAAGAUGACGGACCAAAAUAUUGUUUUUAAGAAUAGUAAAACCGGCAAAGUAGAACAGAUUUCUGCAAACGAUAUUGAGCUUGUUAACUUUCAGAAAUUCAUUGGUUCUUGGGGCCUUAGAAUUUUUAUGAAGAAUGGCACUUUACACAGAUACGGUGGAUUCAAGGAAGGGGAACAAGAAAAAGUUGCAAAAUUCUUCAAAAGCAACUACCACAAAGAUAUGCUAGAAAAGGAAUUGUCUCUCAAAGGUUGGAACUGGGGUACUGCAAAGUUUAAUGGUGCUGUACUUAGCUUCAAUGUUGGGUCAAACACAGCCUUUGAAAUACCAUUACACUAUGUAUCACAAUGUAACACAGGCAAAAAUGAAGUAACUCUUGAGUUUCACCAGAAUGAUGACACACCAGUGUCGCUGAUGGAGAUGAGAUUCCACAUCCCAACUAGUGAAUUGGCUGGAGAUAUGGAUGCUGUGGAGGCGUUCCACCAGCAAGUUAUGAACAAAGCCAGUGUUAUAUCCGUCUCUGGAGAUGCCAUUGCAAUCUUUAGAGAACUCCAGUGUCUCACACCUCGUGGUCGCUAUGACAUCAAGGUGUUUCAAACAUUCUUCCAACUUCAUGGUAAAACAUUUGAUUAUAAAAUCCCCAUGUCAACAGUACUGAGGCUGUUUUUGUUACCACAUAAAGACACCAGACAAAUGUUCUUCGUGGUGUCACUGGACCCUCCCAUCAAGCAAGGUCAAACAAGAUACCAUUAUUUAGUAUUACUGUUUGGAAUCGAAGAGGAAACAAGCCUAGAGUUGCCAUUUACAGAGGAGGAACUCAAAGAAAAGUAUGAGGGCAAAAUAACAAAGGAAUUAUCAGGACCUACUUAUGAAGUGCUUGCCAAGAUCAUGAAGGUUAUUAUCAACAGAAGGGUUACAGGACCUGGGGAUUUCUUAGGGCAUCACAAAACGCCAGCGAUCGCUUGCUCGUACAAGGCGGCCGCUGGCUACCUGUACCCGUUGGAGAAGGGGUUCAUAUACGUACACAAACCGCCUGUACACAUCCGCUUUGAAGAAAUCGCUUCUGUCAACUUUGCAAGAGGUGGCGCCUCAUCUACCAAAUCGUUUGAUUUCGAGAUAGAACUUAAGUCUGGUAGCAUACACACGUUCAGCAGCAUCGAGAAAGGCGAAUACGACAAGCUGUUCGAUUACAUCACUUCCAAAAAGCUACACGUCAAAAAUACUGGCAAGAAUGACAAAGCCCUAUACGACGAUGACUUCGGGGACUCUGAUACGGAGAAGGAACCGGACGCGUAUCUAGCUAGAGUUAAGGCCGAAGCCAAGGAGCGCGAAUCUGACGACAGCGACGGUUCUGACGAGAGUACCGACGAGGACUUCAACCCGGACAAGGCCAAGGAGAGCGACGUCGCUGAGGAGUAUGACACAAAUCCGUCAUCAUCGGAAGACUCUGAUGCCUCUGGCGCGUCAAACGACAGCAAAAAGGAGAAGAAGAAAGAGAAAAAGCCAAAGAAGACUAUAACUAUCGCUGAAGCGCCACGCAAACGCAAAGAGAAGACUAAAAAACGUGAAAAGGACGCGAACGCCCCCAAACGGCCGGCGACCGCAUUCAUGUUAUGGUUGAACGAAAACCGCAAGAAAAUAGUUGACGAGAACCCUGGCAUCAAGGUCACUGAAAUCGCCAAAAAGGCUGGCGAAUUAUGGCGCGAUAUGAACGACAAGAAAGAAUGGGAGGAGAAGGCGAGCAAAGCGAAGGAGGAAUACGCGGAGGCCAUGAAGAAGUACAAAGAUAGCGGCGCCGCCGACGAGUUCAAGCAGAAGAAGAAGCAGGCCGACAAGGAACGGAAGGCUGCCGAGAAGAAGCCCAAAGCGCCAGUCAGUAAGAAGAGUAAGGCUUCGACCGCAGCAGCUGGCGCGGGCGCGGGUUCCGGCAAGUUUACCAGCAAGGAAUACGUGGAGGACGACGACUCUUCCACUGACGACGAUAAACCUAAAACAGAGAGCAAAGAAAAAGACACUAAGAAGUCAAAAGCGAAGAGUUCCUCAUCAGAAGCGGCUUCAUCGGGCGGGUCCGGCGACGAAAGCGGUAGCGCGAGCGAUUAAACCGAACGAGCAAUACAUAAUUUUAUGGGUCUAUAUUAUACAUAAGCAACCCGCCUGGUCUAAUCUCAUUCCCCGAAUACUUUGUACAGUCGAUUUGUUUUAGGCGAUUCUUGCUGUUGAGUUCUAAUACUUUAGCACAAAAAAACGAGCGAACCUUACAGAAGUCGCGUAUGAUGUGUAACAUUUGAAACCUCACCUUAUAUUAGUAAAAAAAGAAAUAAAACCUACUACAAAAGGAAUAAACCAUUUGAUUUUACUCCACCGCCUAGCUCUGAAACUCUUAUCUCUAGAUACACACACAUCAAAAAGGUUUAAGCAACACGCAUCAUUUACAGAAACUGAACCAUGUUUUGUUAAUUGUCGAUAUUAUUAUUUUUUUCUUAGCAAAUAGAUUGUUCUAAAUUUUAUUGUUCUUAGAUAAUUGGCUACUUUUAAAAAUAUAAAGUUUUCGAUUGUGUUUAUAAUAGAAUAGUUUAAAUUUAUUACAAAAGUAAAAAUCGAUCAGUAGUUUAAAAUCGUAGAUGUUGCUUAAACUUUUUUGAUCGGUAUACUUUGAAUGUGCUUAUUCUGGCCCUGCCGUUAGCAUUUUAAAUUUCUAUUUAUUAUUUGAAAUAUAUCUUCAAACCACAACCACAUCGUCAUUUGAAAGAUGUUUAUAGCAGUCGGUUUUAGUUUUGAUUUUGUUAAAUAUCUUUGGAGUGCCAAAUGAAUAGCGAUAUAGGUUGCUUAAAAUUGAACAUUAAGGGGGCUGGUCUUCUUUCAUUAUUUAAUUCAUCAUAAUAACAAAAUUCUCUGUUGGUCCUGUUAUAUUAUUAUUCAAAGUUUUUCAAUUUUAUGAACGUGGUUUUUAAAAAGUGGCUGGAUUACUUUUCCUCAAAAUGCACAUUGUAUAGCCUUAUCUCCUAUUGUAUUUUGUACAACCUAGUAACAGCAAGGCCGUGAAGUUAACAAUAGUAUUAAAUAGCGUUUUUAUAGCUUGCAAUAAUCCAGUUGUGUCUACUGUCGUUGUCGUUUCAAUGAGCUGUUUAUAUAAUUACAUGAUUGUUAUUCAAAAUACUUACUUUUCUAUAAUUUAUGAAACAUUUUUUUUAUGUAAGUAACAAGAAUUUAUGUAAACCCGACUGACUGUGCAUCUAGUAAAAUCGUGAAGUUAUUGUACAAUUUUAAUUAUUCAUUUUGUAAAUAAAAUACUGAUUUCAAUAGUAAGAAGCUUACAAUAAUUUGAUAAGCGAUUGUAAGAGAAUCCACAAACAUAAGAGGCAUUCCUGAAUAUUUUUCUAAGAAUCUAUUAUUUUUGGCCCUAUGAUUGUGUGUUUUAUUGUAGUUUUCAUUGUAAUUUCAUUUUUGUACUGCAUCUGUGUUAUUAUUCCUAAGCCCUUUGUAAGAUCUCUUUCGGAGAUGGAUAAUGUUAAUUUGUGAAAACCUAGCAAGGUAUUGUUAUAAUUAUAAUUAGUUACUUAUAGUGAAUUAUCGAUUUUCAUUUCUUACCUAAACGAUUAAUCGACGGAAAAUCAUUAGUGCUCACUGCAGCUAUAACAUGCGAAUAAAGAUAGUC